AUGGUCGCAUACCUGUGGCUUGUAUGGUACGAAGCCCCCGCGAAGGCAGCACCAAGGCACUGGGCCCUUGCGGUCACGUACGAAGCUCAUGAUCACGCUUACGCGACUUUCUACGAGGUUGCGGGCGACAUCACUGGGGCCAGAUAUCAGCCUCGCGUGGUGCGCCGAGUACAUCUGACCAGCAGACAUGGUACUGUUCCGUACGCUGGCAAGCUGCUACUCGGCGACAUCACGGAUCAGGUCCUUGCCUCGCUCGAGAUGUACAACGAAACAGCUGCUGAGCUUGUGAACGCACACAACAGGAAGCGCAGUGCCCACGAGUCGACAUGUCAUGACUGGGCUAUCAUCAUUGUACGGAGCCUCGAAGACGCACUCUUGCUUCCUGCGGGCUCUCUGUCGAGGGUAGAGAAGAGCCCUAGAUAUGGCUGA